GAAAUGGCAGAAACAGCGGCGCGGCGCUGAGGCGAAAAACAGCUCAAAUCAAAUAAUGUGCGGCCAGGCCAAAACAGUUUGAGGCAAAACGCUCGCUCGCGAUGACACAAUAGCACGCUGUGGCGCUGGCGAACCAAUUUUUCGCUAAUAUCAAGCAUACGCAACGUGGUGCACUGCCGCCAGCUAUAAAUAAAGAAAAGCACAAUACCACUGUGUAAGUGUCGGAGUGUGUGUGUGUGCCAUUUUUUAAGUGCGCAAAAAAAAUACAAAACACAAGAUAUUGAAAAAUAUUUGAAUAUCGAUACGUUAGUGAACAAGUGAAGUUGAAACGCAAAAUGCUGCAUUAAAAAUAAUAGCCAUUAAAUCGUUUAGAUAAAAAUUAAUCCCAUCAAAUACUUCAAAGCAAGACACUAAAACAAACAACAACUCAAGUGCAAGUCAAUCAAAUAACUAUAAAAAAAAAAACUUCAAAACGGGUCAACGAUUGCGGGAAAUCAGCGGCAAAAGACGCAGCAACAUGAUCUACAUUGAUGAUUCAGAGCCGGAAGGUGUCCUGGAGCCGGCGUUUCCAAUGCGCGAUGUGACCAUAAAGCGCAACGUCGAUGCCCAUAAACUUUACGACGUCCUGGGCGAGGUGGGGCGUGGAAAAUUCGGAACGGUGUACAAGUGCAAGGACAAGACGAACGGCCUGCAGUUGGCGGCGAAAUUCGUGCCGAUUCCGAAGCGGGAGGACAAGCGGAAUGUGGAGCGGGAGGUGGAGAUUAUGAAUUCAUUGCAGCAUCACCUCAUUAUACAAUUGUACGCGGCAUACGAAUAUCAGAAAAUGAUGUGCGUCGUCCUGGAACUUAUUGAGGGUGGAGAACUAUUCGAUCGCGUUGUAGACGAUGAGUUUGUUCUUACGGAGAGGGUCUGUCGAGUCUUUAUUCGCCAAGUGUGUGAAGCCAUGGCCUUCAUCCACGGCAAUGGCAUCAUCCACCUGGAUCUGAAGCCCGAAAAUAUUCUGGUGCUCACACAGAAGGGAAAUCGCAUCAAGAUCAUUGACUUUGGUUUGGCUCGCAAAUUCGACCCAGACAAGCGCCUCAGGGUACUCUUCGGAACACCUGAGUUUGUGGCCCCAGAGGUUGUAAACUUUGACUGCAUCUCUUAUGGCACGGAUAUGUGGAGUGUCGGAGUUAUUUGUUAUGUGCUCAUCUCAGGACUUUCGCCAUUCAUGGGCGAGAACGACAUUGAAACAAUGUCAAAUGUAACCAUUGCGAAAUACGAUUUCGAGGAUGAGUGCUUCAAUGGCAUAUCCCCGGAGUGUCUGGAUUUCAUAGCCAAGUUGCUGGCAAAGGACCUCAGCACCCGCAUGACAGCCGCCGACUGCAUGAAGCACAAAUGGCUGCAACAACGUCCGGCAGCCGCCGCCUCCGCCAAUCCCAUCACUAAGGCCAUCUCCUCGGCAUCCAAGACGCGUCUGAAGUCAGAGUCUCCGGCGACAGUGAACUCAGAGGACUCCUCGGAGGAGUCCACGGAAACCAUUGAGGACGAUGACGACGAGGAGCCGGUACAGGAACAGAAAAAGGUGGGCGUUGCUCCUAACAAACUUGAGGACAGCGAGCAGGACGAAGAGCUGGCCAAGCUCUGCAAUGUUGGCGACCAAGAGAAUAAAGAGCUGGAUGCCACCAAGGAUAAUCUUAAGAAUUUCAUCGUCCGCUGGGAGACGCAUCCAAACAGCCCGUACGUAUUCGACGUGGAGGGCAAUGUGAUUGCGCCCCUGAGCGAGACCAGCUAUCCGCAUCCGCGUCGGACUCAUGGCCCGGACAGCAUGUCCUCCUCCCGAGUUUGUUCUCCAUCGCCUUGCGAAUCGAUUGCCACCAUGACCGAUGAUGAACGAGGGGAGGACUUGCCGGAGGAGGAGGAGGCCCGCAGUGCGGAUAACGAGAGUCCGCGGUCCCUGGCCACCCCCAUCAACGAGUCCCGGGAGAAACUGUUCCCCACGGUGGCCACCUCCAGCCCAGCCACGCCCACGCCGCAGCACCUUUUCAAUGAAAACUUUGACGAGUUCUCCGGCAGCCAGUCCACCGCCCAGCAGCAGAGAAGCAUGAAGAGCUAUCUGCACACCUUCGAUCGCCGGAACUCGGACACUACCUACCUCCUGGGGCGUCGCAGUUCUGGAGAGCGUGUUAACCUGGCGGACGAGAUACGGAAGCUAUCCGAUCACCUGUUCAUGCUGGCGCAGAUCAACACCAAGCUGGGAGAUGCCAACAACAACAGCACUACCCCAGAAGCUGCAGCAGCCCCUAAAUCAGCUCCUCCAACUCCAUCUCCGUCAGUCGCUCCAGUUACCGCUCCCGCAAGCAGCAGUUCCAGCAAGACCAGCGAGACCACGCAGGAAGGCAACCGCUGGACCAGCAAGACCACCUCGAGCAGCAGCUGGAACAGGCCCACACCCCGGGGAGGGCUUCUCAGCCAGGCCAGCAGCAGCUCCCAGAGCCAGACGAGCUACGACGAUGGCCAGGGCAAGACCAAGAUCAGCUCGCUGUCCGUUAGACUGCAGCAGUCCAUUGAGGAAACACCGACGCUGAGGAAUGGUAGCAGCUCCUCGGUCAAGUCCCAAAUGCAAACACAAACCCGAAAAUCCACAGUGAAUACAAUGACCAGCUCGAAUGCCAGGAGCACCAGCAGCCAGCAUGUACAAAGGAGCAGCACCACCGCCUCAAAGGUGAUCUCCAGCAGCAGCAGCAGCUCCACCAGCACAACCGCCACCUCGAACCACCAAUUCAUCAACGAAUCCGCCAGCAGUCGGCGGGCCAAGUUCCGGAUAAAUCAAAUGAGCCGGGACGUGCCCGUUGGACUGCCGGACACCCACCAGACCGUGAACCUGGAGGAGGCGGCCAACACCACCAAGGACUGCCUGCUGCAUCUGCUGGAGAAGUACAACGAGACCAGAAGCCGGAACCCGAUGGGCCGGCAUCAGAGCAUUAGCGUGGACUGGCACGUCAGCGACAACCUGGAGUACCGGUCGAUGAGCUCCAUCAAUGCGUUCUUCCAGCGGCACAACCACAAUGGCGGGGGGCAGAACGUGCGGCACAUCCAGGCCCAGCUGGAGGAGAAGGCGGCGGGGAAGUAAUUUCCUCCUCGUAGUAUCACCUACCGGGAGUCCCCUGUAUAUAUCCGAUAUAUAUAUAUUUGUAUGUGUAGAACGGAUCGGCGGAAGCGAGAGCUCACCUAGAUAAUGGAAACUAGUUAAAGCUACAAUGUUGCGAAUAAAAAAUAAUAUUUAUGUUUAUGUACUUGAAGUAAGCAAUAA